GGUCAAGGAAGUGGUCUACGAAGAAACCUCACGUGCAAGCUGCUGUAGCAUUUUUGUUUGCUUGAAUAUCCUGCGUCAAGUUGCAAGACUUUCUUCCUCGGGCCGAUGAUAAAAGGCCAGUUUCUUGGACUAUUUGUGAAUGCAUUGCGCUCGAGCUGAGCUUACACUACCACCUUCCCGAGCUUCUUCUUUUCCUUCCCCUAUCUCUUCCUCUACAGCUAGCAUCCCUUCAUCAGCCCUACCCUCGGGCAUCUCUCUUUCUCUCAGUACCUUGUUUGCGGAAAACAAUAGCUUGUCCUUCGCGAGUAACAGGGGGAGCCAUAUAGCAAAGUCUGAUCCGGUAAACAAUAAUGGCACUAGAGGCUGUAGUUUUCUCGCAGGAUCCCUUCCCGUAUAGUUGGUGCAAGGACCCAUACUCGUUCGCAGCAGCAUGGAAACCCGACGACCAUGGUUUCCAUGCAGGAGAAGAGAAGGCCCCCUUCGGAGUGCUUAUCAACAGUGACAUAGUGCCCACACAACUCCAUGCAACUUGGGACUCUAACUCUUCCCCGGAUGCCUGCACCGUCCACCAAUCACUGAUCUCCCCUGCUCCCUCAGGUCGGCGUAAACGACGUCGCUCCAAGAUUGCCAAGAACAAGGAGGACCUCGAGAGCCAGAGGAUGACUCACAUUGCUGUGGAGCGCAAUCGACGGAGACAGAUGAAUGACUACCUCGCGGCGCUUCGUUCCUUGAUGCCUCCGUCUUACGUUCAAAGGGGGGACCAGGCGUCUAUAAUAGGAGGCGCCAUUAACUUCGUGAAAGAGCUAGAGCAGCUGUUGCAGUCAAUGGAGGGACGAAAGAAGAAGACGAUGCAACAAGAGAAGGAUUGCGGGACGAGCAGCUCGCCCUUUGCCGAGUUCUUCACGUUCCCACAGUACUCCACUCACUCAAAUCAGAGCAAUCCCUCCUCCGGGCAAUGGGCCGUAGCGGACAUUGAAGUCACCAUGGUCGACACUCAUGCCAACCUCAAGAUACUCUCCAAGAAACGUUCCGGCCAGCUCACCAAGAUCGUCGUCGGCCUUCAAGCUCUCAGGCUCACCGUUCUCCACCUCAACGUGACUACUCACGACGACAUGGUCCUUUACUCUGCUAGUGUCAAGCUUGAAGAUGGGUGCGAGCUGAAUACGGUGGAUGAAAUCGCUGCUGCUGUGAAUCAGCUAUUGCGCAGAAUCCAAGAGGAAGGGCCUUUCUGCUGAACUCGAAAAUGUCUCUCUUUUUCUUGUUUUCCCCCCUUUCUAUAAAUCUAAUUAUAAUGCUGUCUCCAUCGACCCUCCGAUAUAACUGGUUAUGCAAAAUAUUAAUAUUUUACUUGGCAAAA